GAGGCCUGGGGGGGGCGGCGAGGGGCCGAGGGCGCCCUGGAGGAGGAGGCGGCCAGACACCUCUCGUCGGAUCGGAUUUUCUCUCCCCCGCGCCCCAAAAAUCACCGAUCGGGAACCUCCCGGAGAAAUCCAGGGGCGUCGAGUGGGAAGAGCGGGAAAGCAGACGAAGGAUCCCCUCGGAGAGCCAGGUUUGGGCCCGGGGCCCUCGAGGGGGGCGCGGGGAGGAGGAGGAGGAGGUGGAGAAAGAGGAGGAGGAGGAGAAAGAGGAGGAGGAGCUGUAGCGGAGGCCAGAAUCAGCAAGUGGCCGAGCCAAACCUCUGGCUUUGACGGAGAGGCGGCGAGGAGGACUUUGGGCCUCUUUUUAAGGAGCCCUCGGAAAACUUUCCCGCUUUUUCCCUCCCCACCCGGCUCCGGAGACGCUUUUUUGCCCCCCCUUGGAGAGAACCCUCACCUUGGGGUUGGAGAGAGGGGGGGGACCCCCGGCCCUCCCAGGCCUCUGGAAGGCGGCCAGUCCUGGGCUCCGGUUUGGGGAAAGGGUGGGGGGACCCGGGGGAGAGCCCGCCCUCCAUCCGGAGACCCUCUGAGGGAGGAGAUAGAGGAGGAGAAAGAAGAAGAUAGAGGAGGAGGAAGAAGAGGAGGAGGAGGAGGAAAGGAGCGGCCUCCCCGGUGCGCCUUUCCUCGCGCGCCCUGGGGAGCCUGGAGAGGGGCGCCCGGGGGCCCCCGGAUGCCCACCGCCCCUCCUCGCCCCCGGCUGCCCUGACCCCCGGGCCCGUCCUGCCCCAGCCCCGGCCGACCGCCCCCCGCCCCCGGCCGGAGAUGCGGGGCUCCCGGGCCGCCCCGUCGUCGCCCUCGCCCUGCGCCCUGCUCUGCGCCCUGCUCUGCGCCCUCCUUUGCGCGCCGCCCCCGGCCUCCCGGGCGCAGCCCUACCAGGGCGAGAAGGGCAUCUCCGUGCCGGACCACGGCUUCUGCCAGCCCAUCUCCAUCCCGCUGUGCACCGACAUCGCCUACAACCAGACCAUCCUGCCCAACCUGCUGGGCCACACCAACCAGGAGGACGCCGGCCUGGAGGUGCACCAGUUCUACCCCCUGGUCAAGGUGCAGUGCUCGCCCGAGCUGCGUUUCUUCCUCUGCUCCAUGUACGCGCCCGUCUGCACCGUGCUGGAGCAGGCCAUCCCGCCCUGCCGCUCCCUGUGCGAGCGGGCCCGCCAGGGGUGCGAAGCCCUGAUGAACAAGUUCGGUUUCCAGUGGCCCGAGCGGCUGCGCUGCGAGAACUUCCCCGUGCACGGGGCCGGAGAGAUCUGCGUGGGCCAGAACACGUCCGACAGCGCCGGCGGGCCGGGGGCCGGAGGCCCCACGGCCUACCCCACCCCGCCCUACCUGCCCGACCUGCCCUGGACGCCCCCCGUGCCCGGCGGAGGAGCCGGAGGAGGAGAAGGCUGGGGCCGCCCGUCCUUCCCCUUCUCCUGCCCUCGCCAGCUCAAGGUGCCCCCUUACCUGGGCUACCGCUUCCUGGGCCAGCGGGACUGCGGGGCCCCCUGCGAGCCGGGCCGCGCCAACGGGCUCAUGUACUUCAAGGAGGACGAGCGGCGCUUCGCCCGCCUCUGGGUGGGCGUCUGGUCGGUGCUGUGCUGCGCCUCGACGCUCUUCACCGUGCUCACCUACCUGGUGGACAUGCGGCGCUUCAGCUACCCCGAGCGCCCCAUCAUCUUCCUGUCCGGCUGCUACUUCAUGGUGGCCGUGGCCCACGUGGCCGGCUUCCUGCUGGAGGACCGGGCCGUGUGCGUGGAGCGCUUCGCGGAGGACGGCUACCGCACGGUGGCGCAGGGCACCAAGAAGGAAGGCUGCACCAUCCUCUUCAUGGUCCUCUACUUCUUCGGCAUGGCCAGCUCCAUCUGGUGGGUCGUCCUGUCCCUCACCUGGUUCCUGGCGGCCGGCAUGAAGUGGGGCCACGAGGCCAUCGAGGCCAACUCGCAGUACUUCCACCUGGCCGCCUGGGCCGUGCCGGCCGUCAAGACCAUCGCCAUCCUGGCCAUGGGGCAGGUGGACGGCGACCUGCUGAGCGGCGUCUGCUACGUGGGCCUGUCCAACGUGGACGCCCUGCGGGGCUUCGUGCUGGCGCCGCUCUUCGUCUACCUGUUCAUCGGCACGUCCUUCCUGCUGGCCGGCUUCGUGUCCCUCUUCCGCAUCCGCACCAUCAUGAAGCACGACGGCACCAAGACGGAGAAGCUGGAGAAGCUGAUGGUGCGCAUCGGCGUCUUCUCCGUGCUCUACACCGUGCCCGCCACCAUCGUCCUGGCCUGCUACUUCUACGAGCAGGCCUUCCGCGAACACUGGCAGCGCUCCUGGCUGCUGCAGACCUGCAAGAGCUACGCCGUGCCCUGCCCGCCGGGCCACCUCGCCCCGGUCAGCCCCGACUUCACCGUGUUCAUGAUCAAGUACCUGAUGACCAUGAUCGUGGGCAUCACCACGGGCUUCUGGAUCUGGUCGGGCAAGACCCUGCAGUCGUGGCGGCGCUUCUACCACAGACUCAGCCACAGCGGCAAGGGGGAGACCGCAGUAUGAGCCUCGCCCCGCGGGGGCCGGGGGGAUGACCCCCGGGGGGGGGCCUCCCCCUCCCCGCCCAACCCCCCCCACCGACCACCCCAACCCCGGCCUCCCGAUGGGGCCCCUCUCCUCCGGCCUCCCAACCGGGCCUACCGACCGGGCCUUCCCCACGGGACCUCGCCCGCCGGCCGGGGGAGGGGGAUGGCGUGGGAGGUGGGAGUCGGGGGGAGGGCGCCCCCUCUCCCCCACCGCCUCCCCCACCCGUCUGGGGGGAAGGACCCCGGGGUGGGGGCACGUGGAUCGCCUCGCUGGGGGCUGGGGAGGACGCUUCUCGGGCCAGGAGGAAGAAUGGCACCCGUGCACGCGUGUCGAGGUUCGGUGGGACGAGGCCCGGCCUUGAAGAGCGAAUUAAAAGGAGAGCAGGGAGAUGGGGAGUGGUGGGGGCCUCUCGCUGCCGCCCACCCCCUCUCUGCUGCCAGAGAGGUCUGCUUGCCCGACCCCCGCCGGGCCCCGGGUGAAAGGUAGAGCGGUCGGCGUGGAGAGGCGGUCACUCCGUAAAUGGCUCUUGGCCGGGGCCUGACCGGAGCGACGGUGGGUUCGUUGCCCGGGUCAGCCGCCCCACCGGUCCCCGACUCUUCAAGCCCCGCCGGCUUGCCCCCCGCCCCCAUUCUCCCUUCUCUCCCCCAGCAGAUGGACAUUCCCAUGGAUCAAAAGUCCCCGGAAGAACUGACCGCAGGUGUCACCCUUUUUUUGGGGAGGGGUGGGUGGUGUGGGAGGGGAGGGAGGUCAGUGGAUGCGACAAAGAGGAUGUACAAAGUAGGUACUUUUUACUGCCUUGCUGCUUUUUUGUUUUUUCCUUAAUUUGGGGGUCGGGCGGGGGCGGAGGUAAGAAGGGGUUCGUAUGGUCUCAUACCCUGAAAAGAAGUGGUGACUUGUUGCUUUUCCGAGAGGAAUGCAUUUUUUUCUUUUUUCCUUGUCUUUGUUGUCGGAAACAAAAGAGGAAACAAAAGUGUCUUAGCCGUGGAAAGGCGUAACUGUGAAGAGGGCAACUUUUCUAGGCGAAAUUGCCAAGAUCUGAGGUUCACCCUUGGAUGGGAUUUUAAUUAUGUACAGAUAGACAUUCCUUUUUAUGGAAAAGUGGAAGGCAGGAUGUUUUUUUAUGUACCGUUCAAUCUAGGUUUCUGGUUCAGCUAAAGGGAAUGCAAGCAGGGGGGAGGUGUGGGCUCUGUGUGUGUGUGUGUCUGUGUGUGUGUGUCUGUGUGGGUGGGUGUAUGUGUGUCCCACAGCUUAAUUCAGAACACCUGGCAUAACAGGCCCUGUUAAAAUAUUCAGAUGAGACUGUCCCCUUCCUUUUUUUUUUUAAAUCCCUCUAAAGCUGCCUUAGGUUUUCUUUUUGUACGUAACCAUUUUAGAUGAAGGGAAAAACAGAACGACUUCGGUCCUAUGACAAAGGAGAGUUUAAACUACGAAAAACAUUUUGUCCUGUUUUCUUCGUCCCAGGAAUGGAGUUUAUAAAACAGUUUAUGUAUGCUGAUGUCAUCGUCUUGGCCGUCGCGGGGGAGGCGGAGAAAUGAGGGUAUCUUUUUUGAGGUGGCCAACGCCAUUCUCCCGGAAGAGUAUAAAAGGAAAGUUCAUUUUGGGGCCCCCACUUGUGAAAGAAAGUGAUUAAAAGAAAGUCAACUUCAAAGUCAUGCCACGGUUCUUUGAAAUCUGCUAGGUGGUUUAGGUUUGUUAAUCUUAAAUCUUUUCGAACAUUUUUUUUUCUUCGGCGAUACGACUCCCAAUUCUUCCAGUUGGCGUACGAUCGUGGGCUAAAGGAAUUUUCUCGUUCUCUUCUCCUCCAGUAAUUAUGUGGAUUAUGAAACCUCGUCUCCCCUGCACCUCUGAUAUCCCCCUAUUCCCAGCAGCAGAAAAUUCCCACCUCAGAAGAACACUAACCGUCGUUAAUAGAGGGCAACGGCCUGCAGUGAAAUUUACUUUAUAAAUGCAGCCGUAUAACGAGUCCUUCUAGAACCCACAGCUCUCAGUUUAGACUUCUUUUGGCUUCUAUCUGUCACGUGCAUGUGAAAAUUGUAAAAUAGAAGAGACAAGUGCAGUAUGUAUAUUUUGUAAAUCUCCCUCUUUUGUAAGAAAAUAUAUAUUGUAUUUAUAUGUUUUUACUUCGUUUGGAUUUUGGUUUUUGCCUUGAAAGGUCUGUAUGAGGUCCCACUUUAUCACAUGUACAGAUCACAAAUAAAUUUUUUUUAAAAUACAAAAGUC